AUGGUGUUUAGCUUUUGCCGAAAAACCGAAACGUACAACUUUCCAAAAGGCGUCUUUCCUUUCGAAGAUUACCGAGCUGGUCGAAUCAGUCUUCACGAGCUUGGCUUUCCGUCGGAAAAAUAUGUAAUCUCAAAGCCGCCAGUCGAGAUCAAAGUCAAAGCAAUAGGAGAUGAUCAGACGGAGAGCGGCGUUUUUAUGCGACAAGAGCUGCCAAACCAUUUUGACGAGCUCAUCGCCUCAAUUGGCGAAGAAGACGAAGACGAACUGACGAUCAUACAAUUUGACGAAGAAGUCGAGGAGGGGACGAAAGUCGUCGUCACGCUCAAUUUCAUCGAUGGGAAAGAAGACGAAGCAAAGCAAAACAGCGAAUUGGACGUCUACCACAUCGACGAAAUGGAAAUCUCCAGCGAGAGUCCCUUCGACUCGUCGCAAAAGCAUUUGAGCUUUACGAUCCGUCCAGUUAAAGAAUCAGCUGAGCCAAUUGCGAUUCGACUGUCAGAACUUCCAAACGAUCCACGAGACUUCAACUUUCUCAAAACCGAAAUCAUCGAAGAAUCUUCCGAUGAGAAAAUUCUUCUCCGUACUCAUUUUGAACUGACUCCAGAAUAUCUCGUCGAUUCGGUUGUUCAAUUCUUCGAUUUCAAGAAGCUUUUGGUUCCGCUUGAGCAAGUCAUGAUUGAGGAUGUUGAUUGCUUUGAGAAGAGUGGGGUUGAAAUCGACGAGAACGGCAUUGUGUUGGUCGACUAUUUUUUCUUCCAGGAGAAAGAAAUUUGCGAGAAAACUGAGAUGCUCAUUCUCAAUUUGGCGCAAAAAGAAUUUGAGAUAUUUCUCCCGAAAAACUCGUAUGCACCAAAACUGCUUGGCUUCAAUUUUACAGCUCUUGAGAUCGUCUUUGCCAAUGACUACAUAAGCCCCGCAUUGAACAAUCUCGCAUAUCUUCUGGUGGAAGAUAAAGACGGGCUGAGUUCCGGAAUCGGUCUCCCCAAAUUGAUGCCGAUUUCAAAGUCAUCUGUUUUGGGGUCUUCACUCAUUUUUACGCCGAUAAAGACGCCUCACGAAAACAUUCUUCUCUACGAACUGCGACUAUCUUAUCCGGAAGAUUUAUUCUCGAUAAAGGACUUGCAAUCACAUUUAGAAAUGAUUGGCAUCAAAUACUUGAAAAUCUCCGACCAGCCGAUUUACGAUUCUUUGAGAAAAUCAUCGAUUUAUCCGUUUUCUCUAAGAAAAUGCGAAAAAACGACACAUAAAUUCAUCAUUUCAGAAGAUUUCAAGGACUGCACGGAUGCAAAACUGGCUGUCAAAAUUCUCAAAGCUCAGCUAGACCCCUGCGAUACAGAAGUAUUCCUCGAUUCUGCAUCGAAAACGAUCACAAUAAGCUCUAAAGACCCACUGGACCGAAAAGUCAUCGAUAAAACGAAAGAAAUCCUCGGAUGUCUCGUCAGAUCUCCACGAACAGAUCUCGAGACCGAUAUUUCUAGCGCAGGAAGUGCGAUGAAAACUGAAUAUCUUCCGUAUGCGAUUCCCGGGAUCGCCUUGGUUUUCAUUUUGUGGAUAUUGGCGAAGGACUUGCUACAGAAACAGAAGGAGAAAGACUCGUUGGAGAGAAUCUUCUUUUUGCUUGAAUCGCUGUUCAUAUUCUUGGAUAUUUGCUCAACAGCUGCUGUUCUGUCUAUUUACCUUCAAAAACGCGUCAUCUCCGACCUCUCAACUACUUUCAUUAUUCUGAUCAUCGUCCUCAUGCUCGCUUCUCUUGCCCUACUCAUCUUCCGAAACCUCAAACCAAUGGACCACUUCGGCUGGAUCAUCCUCGAUUCAUUGAGCAUCAAGGGUCUUCAAAUUUUUCUCAUCGGCCUCUAUUUUGUUCCAUUCAUUCCAGCAACCUUUGGGUACCCGAUCUUUCUGAUCAUCUUUGCCGUCUUUGGCCUCCUCGGAUUUCUUUGGAACAUGGUCAUGUGGUUCUCGAAAUUGACCGAAGAGCGAGAGCGAACAAAAGAGAUGAUAUUUUUUGGCAUUUCGGGAGUACUCGGGCUUACUUCUUGGAUUUGCUUUUUGGUCUACAUUUUGAUGAAUUUCGGGCGGACAAAUCUUCAAUCACAAUUCAGGUGCAUUGAAAUCAAGGAGGACAACAAAAUCCCCACUCCGUUUUCUUGCUUCGAAAUCGGUCAAUUUUUCUUCAUCAUUCCUGCCGCUGGAGCUGUGCUCUUUGGACUAUUAAACUUAUUCCUCUCGCUCAAAUCGAUAUCAGAUCCUGGACAAAGAAGACUUCUAGAAAGCCGCGAAGAAGCGCCCUCAAAUCGUGAUAACCAGACCCUGAGAAAGUGA